GUACGUUAUCGUCUAUUUUCUUCUACCAGUGAUUUCUUCUUUCUUAAAUAAUUUUUUAUUCCUCUCAUCUUCAUUUUUCAUUCCGAUUAAAUUCCAUACCUAAUCUUGAGAUAUCAAAUUUAACGGUUGCGAUCACUUCGGGCUUUACGGUGACCAGAAACGGAGAAACUGAGCAAUCCGAUUGGAUUUUGAGUUUCCAAUUUGACGGCAAGUGAGGUCAACCAGAGAAUGGGACAGAAGACAUGGUUGAUAUUGCUGGUGUUUUCGUGUCUAUUUAGCAUCUCCUGUGGUAGAGAACUUAAGGUUAAGCACAAGAAUAAUCUACCUAUUUACAAUCAUACUCUUGCCACAAUUUUAGUGGAAUAUGCUUCUGCAGUUUACAUGUCAGAUUUGACACAACUGUUUACUUGGACGUGCCCAAGAUGUGAUGGCCUGACCAAGGGAUUUGAAAUAAUAGAACUCAUUGUUGAUGUCCAGCACUGCUUGCAGGGUUUUGUUGGGGUGGCAAAGGAUCUUGAUGCUAUUGUCAUUGCUUUUAGAGGAACUCAAGAACACAGCAUACAAAAUUGGGUUGAAGACCUAUUUUGGAAACAGCUUGAUUUGAAUUACCCUGGCAUGCCUGAUGCAAUGGUGCACCAUGGAUUUUAUAGUGCUUACCACAACACAACCAUUCGACCGGGGGUUCUGAGUGCCAUUAAAAGAGCAAAUGAGAUGUAUGGAGACCUUGAAGUCAUAGUGACAGGGCAUUCUAUGGGAGGGGCUAUGGCUGCAUUUUGUGGACUUGAUCUUGCAGUAAAUCAUGAAGUUCAGGAUGUUCAGGUUAUGACAUUUGGACAACCUCGUAUUGGCAAUGCAGCUUUUGCAUCCUGCUAUAGCCAACUUGUCCCAAACACAAUUCGCAUCACAAAUGAACAUGAUAUGGUCCCUCAUCUGCCUCCGUACUAUUAUUAUUUCCCGCAGAAGACAUAUCACCAUUUCCCUAGAGAGGUAUGGCUAUAUAACAUUGGAAUGGGAAGCUUGGUUUAUGAAGUUGAGAAGAUUUGUGAUGGUUCAGGUGAAGACCCAACCUGCAGCAGGUCAGUGACUGGGAAUAGCAUAUCCGAUCAUUUGGCUUAUUUUGGUGUUCACAUGGGGUGUGACACGUGGAGAUCAUGUGGAAUUGUGAUGGAUCCACAAGUAGUAGAAUACAGGAAAACUGAUUUCGAAGGGAAUUUUAUCUUGUCUAGGAAUCCUGCGAUACCUACUGUGGGCAACAUGUGAUUUCAGUAGUGUAACAGCUGAGAAAGCAGCCAUGAAAGUUCAGUCAAGCAAGAUGUCUUUCCUUCAGCCCUUUGAAAAAGUGUUUGUUGAUUCAACUAGUGCAGCUGGGUUGAGUUGGGAAGUAGUCUCUGUAUAUAGCUAUUGAAUUGUGUUCUGUGUCAUCCCUGUUAAUAUGAUUCACCAGCACGUUUCUAGUCAUCUCAUUCUUCUUAGCAGACCUUGUUCAACAUUUUCAUAUUGAAUUUGUUCAAUUCCAUAGCGGACUUUGAUU